UCUCCUCAAUCUCUUCUCCCCUCUUUCCCAAACCAGAUCUAGAGAGAGAAAGAUCAAGAAAUAGAGAGAGAGAAAGAGAGAGAGAGAGAUGACAGGGGUAGUGUUGGUUUCAAGUGGGUGCAGAGGAGGAGAGGGAAAUGGUGGGGGGAGGAGAGGGAAAAGGGAGGAAGAGGAGGAGGAGGAGGAGGAGGAGAGAGAGAGCCAGAUCUCUCUGCUGGCUCUGCUUCUCGCGGCGAUCCGGCGGUCGAUGGCGUCGUCGUGCCGGCUGGAUCGGGCGACGGCGGCGGGUAUGGAGAUCGGGUGGCCGACCGACGUCCGCCACGUCGCCCACGUCACCUUCGACCGCUUCCACGGAUUCCUCGGCCUCCCCGUCGAGUUCGAGCUCGAGAUCCCCUGCCGAGUUCCCAGCGCAAGCGCCAGCGUUUUCGGGGUCUCAGCAGAAUCGAUGCAGUGCGACUACGAUUCGAAGGGGAACUCAGUUCCCACAAUUCUUUUGCUCAUGCAGGAGAGGUUAUACGCGCAAGACGGCCUAAAGGCGGAAGGGAUAUUCCGGAUAAAUGCGGAGAAUGGCCAGGAGGAACAUGUGAGGGAGCAGCUGAACAAGGGAACUGUUCCGGAGGACAUUGAUGUACACUGCUUAGCAGGACUCAUCAAGGCCUGGUUCAGGGAACUACCAGAGGGUGUACUAGAUGGCCUCUCUCCUGAACAAGUCCUUCAAUGCAACACCGAGGAGGAGUGCGUCGAGCUCGUGAGGCUUCUUUUGCCGACUCAGGCGGCUCUCCUCAACUGGGCUGUUGAGCUCAUGGCCGAUGUGGUCGAAGAAGAAGAGGCCAACAAGAUGAACGCUCGGAACAUCGCCAUGGUCUUCUCCCCCAACAUGACUCAAAUGUCGGAUCCUUUGACUGCUCUGAUGCAUGCUGUUCAAGUCAUGAACUUGCUCAAGACUUUGAUCCUGAAAACACUUCGAGAACGCGAGGAGACGGCCAUGGGGGAAGAAGAUUACUCACCAUACUCGGUAUCUCCAUCGUAUGAUCGACAGAAUGACGACGACGAUGAUGACGUUGACGAUGAUGAUGAGAGCGACGACGAUGAUUACAAUAGUGAGCACUACAUGGAAAAAAGUGGCGAGUUGAGGGAGCCCAACUCAGAUCACGAGGUGGGAGUGACUGGCGAGUCAGAGAGACGGGUUUCGAGAGAUUAUCUUGCGCAUUACAGUGGCCACGUAAGCGAAGACGAAGAUGGUUCUUUGAGGGACAUCGAAGAAUGCUUCUUGAGGCAACUAGAAUGGAAGGGAGAAGAGAAAGAAGUAGAUAAUGUUAACCAAGGAUCGACCUGCUGUGGACAAGCAACGCAAGCGAGCUGCUCCGAGUAUACCGUUAGCGCCUCUCUCUCUUUAUCUGACGGCAACAAGGGUAGUGUCUCGAGCACUAGUUGCGAAGUAGAUUCAGAAACGAGCGCGACAGAAGAUACACGGGCCGACGUGGAAUUUCCUCCGAAGAAUGUGGAGGUCGGAAAGGCGGUGGAGAUUAUUGAGUGCAAGAGUGUGAUGGAGAAGGAUUCUAUUCCUUGCAUCACAUAAGUCCACAAGGAAUGGAUUGUUGUGGGGUUUUUGGUGUGCAUGUUUAGUGUUGUUUGUGUAGUUUGGAUUUUCGGGUUCUUGGAAGGAGGAGGAGAGAGGGGGCCUUUUCUCAACAUGGGGUUGAAAUUGAAAGGGUUUGUUUUGGUUGUGUGAUUUGUUGAAACAACAGAUGUUGUUUCAGCUUUUACUGUACUGCAUUGGUUGUAUGAUCUAGUGAUGUGCUUUCACUUUAUGCUUAAGAAGAUGCAUGAUAAAGACUCUGCAGUAAAUUUAAUUGUU